AUAUUUAUAAGUGUGGCAGAGCCUUUGUUAUACUCUCUGUAUUUAUUUUUAAUUUUUAAAUAUAUGAAUUUGGAAUGAGAUAAGGAGGGAAGAGAAAAAGUGUGUGAAGUGUGAAGCGAGGAUCGUGUUGUUUUAGAAGUACACAACAAUCGGAACUGAAAGUACAGAACAGAACACGGUGCAGAGUUAUGGGGCUUUGGUUCUGGGAUGCUUUUGUCAACUGGUUACGCAGUUUCUUUUUCAAGCAAGAGAUGGAGCUAUCUCUGAUUGGCCUUCAGAAUGCUGGCAAAACUUCCCUUGUAAAUGUUAUUGCGACUGGUGGAUUUAGCGAAGACAUGAUCCCGACGGUAGGAUUUAACAUGAAAAAGGUCACCAAAGGGAAUGUGACAAUCAAAUUAUGGGACCUUGGAGGCCAACCAAGGUUUCGCAGUAUGUGGGAGAGAUACUGCCGCGCCGUUUCAGCUAUUGUUUAUGUUGUUGAUGCAGCUGAUCAUGACAACAUACCUACCUCUAGAAAUGAGCUUCAUGACUUGUUGAGCAAGCAUUCUUUAAAUGGUAUUCCCCUGUUGGUUCUUGGUAACAAGAUCGACAAACCAGGGGCUUUGUCUGAGCAAGAGCUGAUGGAGCAAAUGGAACUAAAAUCCAUCAAUGAAAGAGAAGUUUCUUGCUACAUGAUCUCAUGUAAAAACUCCACAAACAUUGACACAGUUAUUGAUUGGCUUAUAAAACAUUCAAAAUCAAAGAAUUGAAGCUCAAGUUCUGGCAUAUGAAUCCAUGUGUGCUGUUAAUACAGACUGCAAUCAAGCUGGUUGAAGUAUGAUACUAAUACUAUUGUUUUUUCCUGUUUUGACUGGCUUACACCAAAU